AACACUGAGUAUUUAAAUCGUCAUUGAGUAUCGUGGAUGCCGUUCCCUAAACGUGUGGAAUGUAGCAGUCAUAAGACGUUUCAGUCAUUGUAAUUACCAAAGGAACAGUAUAAACAAAACAUCGCUCCUGUAUUGAUUUAACAUUAUUUAAGCACAGAUACCAAUUACUAGCCUUACAAAUGGAUAAAAAAUGUGUGGUUCCGCGUUUCUCCAAUCACUAUUUGUUAAGUCGAGAAUGUCGCGCAAUUAAAGGAAUUAAGUAUUGAAGUAGUGGCGACUGAUUGCAAAAUUUGUACUGCGUUAACGCCUUACGCGAAAGAAGAGGCUUGGAAGGUAGAGAUGAAUGAAAACAUAAUAAUGUGAAUCAUUUUAAAUUUUCGUUGACCCUUUCGGAGCAAGAAUAGACAAUUGAUUUUCGGAUUUACAAAAGUGUUUCCUCUAGAGCAAAACUAUUAAAUAGAAAAAUACGACAUUGAUUAAAUACGAGGACUAUAAUGAAACAACGUUAUACUUAACGUACACUGUGACACACAUUUGUAACUUUUUCGGGAAAGCGUGAGAGUUAUAAAAAGGUUAUUGCGAUAAAUAAAUACAGAAUUUGAUUCACAGAUUCAACGAUGAAAAGCCAGACAAAAGCGAAGACACUGGUCUUGUGGGAGCUAAUACUGACCGCUGUUGGGCUGGUCUUUCUUAUUUUAGCAUUUUCCCUACCGUUCUGGGUUCUCUACGCCGAAUCUUUCAAUGCUGAUGACGUCGGGACCACUAAUGACGUCAACGUGAAGUUUUACUACGGUUUCUGGAUUUAUUGCAGUAAAAUCACGUCUAAUGAUAUUGAUACGGACACGUGUGCUACCGUGAAAACCUCCACAGAUGGUGAGCAGGCAGCCGCAUGCACGAUGAUACUGGCCAUCUUACUUUUGUUGGGCUCUGUUAUAAAUACGUGUCUAUAUUUUACACGAUUUCGAUGUAAUAUCGUUUGUCUCUACAUCGCCACUGUUUCAGAUAUAGGAGCUGGGGUACUUUCAAUAGUGAGCAUAGCAGUCUUCGGGACCGAAGAUCACUCGCACACCAUUUCGACAAGUGCGAAGUUGAUAUUCAGUUUUGCAAAGUUAAAUAUCUGCUUCUGGUUUGCUUGUGUAGGCUGCGUCUGUGCCUUAGUAGCGUUUGUCUUUGCAAUUAUUGCUAUCAUAAAUCAACGAAAUGCCGCUUACGAUUAUGCUUCCUCAACAAAAUUAAUGGACGGUACCUCCUCUGAACAUUCCACGGAGAAACGGUUAUUAAAUGAGGAGCACGUGGAUAUAUCCGUGAAAGAUAGUUCAGAAGAAAGGACGUCUAUUGAUUUUCCCUUUAGUGAGCAUGGCGAAGUGAAGAAACCCUUUUACAUGCACUACGAAAGUGAUUCCGAUCAUGGUGAAGACGACCUGAUCUUCUCAACAGCACCUCUUUCACAUGGGUUCCGAUCCGAAGUUGGUGCAAUUGAUAAGGCGAAAAUAGGUCUUAAGGACGUCUUAGGAAAAGGAAAAUCUCGCGAAGAGGAAUCUCAACGAAAUAUGUUGAAUACAACUGACCAAACUUUAGUACAAGCUGAGCAAAACAAGACUUCAGUGAAAGCUCAGUUAAAUGUUGAAAAUGAGCUGCUUGAUUCUCAACGAGCUAUGAGUGCAGCAUAUUUAGACAGUGGUUCCGAAUCGGGUGAGACAAGUGAAAUCAGUGAAGAUGAAAGUGUAUCCGAUGUAUAUAGUUCUGAAGACGAAAAAGUUCAUGAAAAUGGAGAGCAACAUCGAGUUUCUUAUAAAGUUUCAAUUGGCGGUGACAGCGACAUGACCCCAGUAGAAAGCACCAGCGACAACGGAACAAGUGUUGCUAUGACGAUCGUUGAUGGAGAUUCGAGUGUAGCGUUAGUUACAAAACGAUAUAGAACGACGGAUGACAUUGGGCCAGCGACUCUUGCUGUCCCAGAGGACUUGGCCGUCAAACGGUCAAAGACGGAGAUGCCGGUUAUCAGAAAGACUGGAAAGAAGCGAGCGAAAGCAACGCGGAAAACAAUCGCAAUGAUACCCGCACUUAAACCACCGAAACCAAUUAAACGAGUUAAAAGUGUUCGUAAAAAGAAACUAGCCCUCACAAAAGAACAUCGAAAAAUGUUGUCUGAAAGAGCUGAAAAGAGUAAGAUGAUAGAAGGGGUUUACGGGGCACCUCUUAUUAAGAUAGGCAGUAUAGGGUCCCAUCCGGAGCCUAGAUCUUUUGUUCAUAGUAAAAAACCUACUGACGAUGUUUUGCAAUCAGGACUUAAACUCAUGAAGUCUUUAAAAGUUUUAAAGGAACAUAGGCAAAAACAAUCCGGAGAGGAGAAUGACAUUGACAGUGAAAGUUAAAUGUAUUGUUAUUUUAGUUUUUAAAGAUUGCAAUAACGUGAAUAUGAUGUUUUAAUGUCUUCUUUAAACAUGUUAUACAUGUAUGUUACUGUUAUAUUCGUGCAUUCACUUUUGAAAUACGUUAUAUCUUCACAGACUAAGAAAUAAUUUCCGUCAAAAUGAUAUUGCUUUAUUUGUAUAUGCAACAUCGGUAUAUUUGUAACAUCCCACAAAUAGUUUAAUGUUACACCUUUCAAUGUGAGUGUACGUGUUUUAAUUGAAUCAAUCUAGCCAGGUUGACUCUUCUUCUUACAUUAUUGGACACAUUCGAAGGUUCGAAUGUUAAAUAUAACUUAAUAUUAUAUAUGUCUAAUGCCUGAAAGACAAUACUUAUUAACUUGCAGAAUUUUUCUAGACGGUUAUCGUUCAAAUUGACCAUCAAAUCAAUAUGAUUUGAAAAGUUAUAAACAUUAUUUAAACUCAGAAAUAUUUAAUAAUCAAUAUUUUUAACAAUCCCGUAAAAAUCAAAGAAUGCAAUAUGCCAUAUUUUCCCAACAAACUAAAAUAUGAAAUAUAAACAAGUGUUGUUGUUGUUUAUGAUGUUACUUCCAGACACAUUGUUCAUAAGAGUAAUCGGGAAAAGUACUACAUGGGAUGCAAUCCGUUGCUAUAUAAAGUGACAUGGGUAAUAUAUGUGUAAUUUAUUGUUCACAAAGCAGACUUUACCUUAAUUUUUACCUUUAGUUUUAACCUAUUUAUUUUAAAGCUCGAUUGCGUCGAAAGCCUCAGACUUAUUGAAACGCUAUCGAGUCCGUUUCCUGGGUCUAGAACCA